AAGCUUUGCCAAGCCUCGUCAGGUGGUAACCGAGAAUGGAAGGGUAAAGUGAUAUCAUGAAUGUGACGAUCGAUCCAAAUGUAAGAAACAGAGGCAAAAAUGCAAGCUUUGAGAAAUUUCUUGAGAAACCCAACAAUUUCUAUCGCAGAAACAUACAAAACCAUUGGAGAAAUCAACCAAAUUCACUCACAAUUGCUAGUCAAUGGUUUCCACAACGACCCAGAUCUUGUAUCUAAAUUUGCUGCAUCAAUCGCCCUCAAACACCCGCAAAAUAUCGAUUAUUCUGUUCAACUAUUGGACCAAUGUGAAAAUCCCUCAGUCUUUGCUCUAAACUCUCUAAUCAGAGUUUACUCCAAUAGCUCAACUCCUGAAAAAAGCUUCGAUUUCUAUAAAAGAAUUGUAAAAUCGAAUCAUAAACCAGAUAAUUACACGUUUACGUUCUCGAUCAAGUCUGCUGCACAGUUAGUGGAUAAGAAUUUGGGUUUGGCUGUACAUGGGACUGCUUUGAAAUACGCCUUGGAUCAAGACCCACAUGUUCAAAGCGGGUUGAUUAAUUUGUACGCUGAAAUGGGGUCUCUUAGGGACUUAAAAGAUUUGUUUUUUAACAUCCACAACCCAGAUUUGGUAACUCAGACAACAAUGGUGGUUGCCUGUGCAAGAUUAGGAGAUAUCAAAUUCGCACGCCAAGUGUUUGAUAAAAUGCCCGACCGAGAUGUGAUUGCCUGGAACGCAAUGAUAGGUGGGUACGUGCGUUUUGGGGAGCCUUUAAACGGAAUCGAACUGUUUAACACAAUGGAAAUGAAAGGUUUGAAAGUUAAUGAAGCCACAAUGGUUUCUGUGUUAUCUGCUUGUACUCAAUUAAGUGCUUUAGAUGCGGGACAACGCGCACAUAGAUAUAUUAAGUAUAAAAAACUACAAAUCAACACAACUCUUGGUAGUGCACUAGUCAAUAUGUACGCAAAGUGUGGGGAUAUUAACACAGCAAUGAAUGUUUUUGGGGGGAUGAAAGAAAAAAAUGUGUUCACGUGGAGUGGUGCCAUGGGAGGACUAGCCAUGCAUGGUUAUGGCAAAGAGUGUCUUGACCUAUUUACCCUUAUGCAACAAGAAAACAUCACACCAAAUGAGGUCACUUUCACUUCAAUCUUAAAGGCUUGUAGUGUAGCGGGUCUUGUUGAAGAAGGCUGCAAGCAUUUUGAAUCUAUGACAAAAGAGUAUGGGAUUGUGCCAAAACUUGAGCAUUAUGGAUGUAUGGUUGAUUUAUAUGGCCGAUUGGGGCGUUUGGAUGAAGCGUUACGCUUGAUCCAGAGUAUGCCAUGUGCACCCCAUACCGAAGCAUGGGGUGCACUGCUUAAUGCUUGCAAGAUUUAUAAAAAUGUGGAAAUCGCUAAACUUGCGUCUAGAAAGAUGGUGGAAUUAGAGGCUAAGAAUGAUGGCGCAUAUGUGGAGUUGUCGAAUGUUUAUGCAGAUUUCAAGAAUUGGGAUGGUGUUGAUGGUGUUAGACAUAAAAUGAAGUCAAAAGGAGUUGUGAAGAUCCCUGGUGUUAGCAUUAUCGAUAGUAGUUAAGUUUUUUUUUUUUUUUUUUUUUUUUUUUUUUUUUUUUUUUAAAGAGAUAUUGAUAGCAGUUAAGUUAAAACAUGUUGAACUCGUAUUUAACAUUGUUUUGGCUUUUUGACAAAGGUUUCAUUUUGAAAAAUAUUUAAGCAUUCAUUGCAUGUUUUUGUAAUCUUGCAAUUUUAAUGGGUAUUUUAGUUCUUGCCAUUUCAAUGCAUUUUUUUUUCUUUUUGUAAUUUUUUAGUUUCCAUGCAUUUGUUGUAAGUUUUGUAAAAUAUUUAGUUUGUACCUUUAAAAAAUAUCAAUUUAUAAAUUUGUACCACUUAAUGCUUUAUAAUUUUUAAAAGUAUUAUAAGGCAUUAAAUUAAAAUUGUUUUAUUAUAGACCAAGCACAUUAGAUCAGACAAAAACAAUCUAAUAAAACUGAACAGAGUCGGGCUUUAACAAUUGCCUCAACUAUAUUUAUUUCGAUCCAUAUUUGCCUAUGUUUUUGAUGGGACCCGAUUUAUAGACCGGUUCAGAAUCCGACUAA